GCGAUGUUGUCAGAUUUUUGUUUAAUUUUGCCUUAACUUUUCUAAAAAUUACGUUAAAAAUGACAUUAUGAACAAAUCCAGCGCAGAAAGUGUUCGAUCUUUGAGUCGCAGUUAUAGUGCUCGACAUCAGACUCGACCAACAACAGCGGCUAUAACACAUUCAGAAUGUGACCCAUUUCUUUGCCGCUGUGGGCCAUGUCGAUCAUUUUACAAGCGCCACUUUGGACCAGACUCAGAAUCGCAUCUCGGAAGUACGGCUUUACACAGAUCCACACAGACCUCUUCCCUGUUCAAGUCAAAAGAAUUACUUAAAAAAGGAGAUCGAGUCAUUGUGUGGGGAGAGCGCAAAGGUUUUGUGAGAUUUGUUGGUCUUCUUCAAGAGGACCUUGUGGCACCAGAGGUUUUCGUAGGUGUUCAACUUGAUGAUAAUAUUGGUUCAACUCAUAAUGGUGUUUACAGAGGCAAGCGUUAUUUCCACUGCCCAAGAGGUCAUGGUGCCAUGGUCAAGUACAGUGACGUGAGGCAGUGUACUGUUGCUGAGAAAAGGCCACCUUUGACGGGCAACUAUAUGUUCCCAAGUUUCAAGGAAAUUCAAGAACAGAGAAGGAAGAGGAGAGAACAAGAUCCUGGUUUUGAUGUUGGCUGUAGAUCAUGGAGUGGCUCACAGGAGUUCAGCCUCUUUCGUGCAAAAAUUACACCACAGAAGUUGAUCUUUGACACAGAUGAUGUUGCAUAUAAGGAUUCCCUGAAGAAGGUCAGACGACCUGCGGGCGGACGGCAUCAACAAGAAGCUAACAAAUUGUCUCCUCAGGAACGUAGGAUUCAGAAGUGGCGGGAGGAGUUUGGGGGAGACGACCGUGCAGACCAGAUGGUCCAGACAUUACAGAAACUCUACAAAGCUUAUGAUCAUGGCUUGACUUUAAAGAAGAACAACGAUUUAUAUGAUUCAGAUUAUGACGAGUGACAUUUUCUCUGCUCAUCUCGACAUAUCUAUUUUGCCAUGCUAACUUUGGUCUGUUUUUCAAUUCAAAUUGUCAUUACCAAGUGUUGUCUUAUCAAAUUCUAAUUGUUAAGUUUUUGCUAACAUAUAGGCCUAUUCCACUUGUUGCUGCUGACAGUGUAACAUGCUUGUGAAAACUUAUGAUAAACAUUCAGUGUACAUAUAUACCAGAAUCUAACAAGUGCCAAGUUUUGAAUUAACAUAUAUUUUUGUAGUACAGUUGACAUAUUUUUGACAGUGUAUUUGUAUAGCAAAAUCCAUAUAUUUUUAUAUAACAAUCACUAUAUUUUUCUUGUUCUCGUGAAUUAACUACAGUGCAUAAGCAACUGAUCCUCACAUUUAAGGGAGUGCAGCAGUGGUUAAAGAAACAGAGGGCUCUUGUGAAGAGAGUGCUACAUGCAUGUAGGUGUACAAAUACAGGUAGCCUAUGUUCUCGGUUGGUAGCUAGUCAAUGAUGCACAUCACAUAACUCGCUUUGCAUUGUGUUUGUUUUACAGUGUUUGUAUUGAAUUUGAAUGUAAAGAGUGUGCUGCCAAAUAGAC